GUUUCUGCCACGGAUUUUUUGCGUUGAUCCCGUCGAUCGCGGGUUUUGCACGAUUUAUUUGGCUAGAAUUUAAUUGAUAUACGAUGGAAGAAGACGACGACACACUGUGCAAGUACGGCACGCCUUUGCCCACGUACGAACAAGAUGAAAUCCCCGCCAAGAAACCCGUCUCCGUGGAGGACCAAAUCGUGCUGGACGCCAACGGGAAGCGCCGCUUCCACGGUGCCUUCACCGGCGGCUUUUCCGCCGGCUACUGGAACACCGUCGGCUCGCAGGAGGGCUGGAAGCCGGCGGAGUUUAAAAGCUCGCGCGCGGAAAAGGCCUCCGCACGGGCGGCGCAGAAUCCGAUGGACUUUAUGGACGACGAGGAUCUGGGCGAGUUUGGUAUCGCUCCGCAGCGCGUCCAAACGCGGGAUGACUUUGCGGCGGUGGGAUCGAGUAAGGGGGGGAAGAGGCGCGCUCCGGUUUGGAGCGGGGGACCGAUUCCGGGUCAGCCGGUGCUGAAGGCGCUGUUGGAGCCGGCGCGCGAGAAGACGGCGGUGGCGAUGCUGAAGCGGAUGGGUUGGCGGGAGGGUCAGGGGAUCGGAGAGCGGCAGAGUCGGGGGGAGAAGAAGAAGGCGAGGGAGCGCAACCGGAAGGAGACGUACGUGAUGAAGAUGUACGGGUGCGAGAUGCCGGGGAGGGGGUCGCCGAAGGGGGUUGUGGAGGUCAGUGACUCGGAGAGUGACGGGUCGGAGGAUUACGAGGUUUCGUUUGCGCCGGAUGACUUUGAUCCGCUGGUGGCGGCGAUUAAGGACAACACCUUUGGGUUGGGAUAUUCUGGAUUGGAUCGAGGAUCUGGGAGUGGAGCUAAACGGUUUAAUUUGUUUGAAACGUUGGAGAUCGUCGAUCGGAAUAAUAAGAAGCUGUCGAUUCGGGGUCAGGCGUUUGGAGUGGGUGCCUUGGAGGACGACGAUGAGGACAUUUACGCGAAGGACGACAUGUCCAGGUACGACUUUUCGCUGGAAGAUCGAGCGAAGAAACCGGCUGCGAUUAAAUCGGCGGAGCAAGCUGGGGUUCUGGACGGAUUUUGUGCCUCGAAGAAGACUGGGAAACAGAUGAAGAAGGUGUUCAAGGUGAGAGUGCCGGAGAAUUUCACACCGAGGAAUUGGACGCAGCGAAAGAGUAGAUUCGAGCCGAUGGAAGAAGACAGAGCAGAGAGACACGCGGAACGGAACCAGUACAAGGUACAGGGACUGGGUCGGCAUGAUUUGAACCCGGAACAGCGCGGUCAAGCGUUAGGAGAAGUGCCGCUGCCGGUGGUCAAAGAACCGCCCAAGAAUCCGAUCCUGGAAAUGAUCAAUCAGCGAGCGCAAAAUUUCGUCGCUGGCGAAGUCAUCAACUCAGACCAGGAUAAACCGCCUUCCGUGGCCAAGAAGGACCCCCUCAAAUUUGACCUGAAGGCAGAAACGUCCAACCUCGGAUCGACCCGCGAGGGAUUCAAACCUUUCAUAGCCGACCCGGACAAGCAGGAGCGGUACGAAAAGUUCCUCUCGUUCAAACCGUGCGAAAAGUACAAAACCAAGCAAGACUUCCUCGACUCACUGCAACCGCUCGGAAUGUCCCCGUGGGACCGGGAACGUGAGUCCAAGGAGUUUGCCCAGGCGCAGCGCAUGUACCGACCGCUGGACGGACUCAUGUCGGACCGCUUCGUGACGGAAUCCAACCUGAUUGCGGAAAAGGAGGUCGCCGACGCCAACAAAUCCGUCGAAGUCCGCGUGAAACGCACCCGCGGCCUGUGGAAGCCCCACAAGGACCUGUGCAAGCGGUUCAACGUGCCGGAACCGUUCGGCGGCAUGCUGGAGGAGGAGAAAGCCGUGUCGAAGACGAAAUUCUCCGUUUUCGACUAUCUGGAAGCGCCCGUCAACAGUCGGAAGGACUUUGUCACCCCGGUUGUAAUCCCCAAGCAAUUCGUCACCAAGGACGAUGCGAAACCGGUCCGCGCAGCGGCCAAAGACUUUUUCGCACCACCACCAACCCCAAAACCCCACCAAGAACCUUCCACGAGUCGAGCCAAACCCGCGCCACCACCCCCGAAAAAACCGGAAAAGCUGACCCCCCUCGAGCAGCAAGUCCUCGACUCCGUAAACAAAAAACCCGAAGAAAAGAAGGACCUCUUCAAGUCCAUCUUCUGCAGCAGCGACGAAGAAGAGGACGCCAGCGAUUCCCCGCCGGAACCCACCCCGUCCACCGAAGCGGACAAGCUCAAGCUGGUCGAGAGUCUGGUGGCGAUCAAACCCGCCAGCGAAGUCAACGUCCUCCGGAACAACUCUCCGCCGCGCGGUAUUUUCGCGAGCAUUUUCGACAUCCAAAAGAGUGCGGCGGCGAAGCCGCAAUCCGUUGAUUCGUCGGCGUCGUCGUCGGGUUCCGACGAGGAGGACGAUGCGUACUAUGGGCCGAAGCUGCCGCAGGGGGUGGGAGCGAAGGGGGCGAGUGCGAGCAAGGGCGAAGAAAGUGUGGCGCUGGAUGCGCGGCUGAAGGAGAUGAUGCAGAAGGUGGGCUCGCGGGACGUGGUUGAGGAGUGGGUUGAGAAGGGGAGAAGUGGGUCAUCGGGUAAGGGCAAGAAGAAGAAACAUAAGGAGCAUAAAAAGUCGAAAAAACAUAAGAAAGAGAAAAAGAAACAUAAGCAUAAGGAAAGGAAAUAAAAGUUGUUAAUUUUGAAAC